GCUGACACAAUCCCGCGUGCGUGCGGAGACAGUAUGACGCUUUCUUGAUAGCGAGACAAGUAUGGCGCCGAACAAGGUCGAUUUGGUGGCUGCGCGAGCAGCAUCGAAGCUUGCUCAGCUGCAGGCGCGAGGAAUAAUUGCCGCGCCUGCGGAGAGUGCGUCGACCGCCCAGCCAAACUCAUGCCAAACUGCCAUUCCUGGUGUUCCUGUUCUCAGCAAUGCAGCCCCCAACACCAAGCAGUAUGUUCGUCAGUGUGUGGUGGUGCCUGCCUAUUGCACGCUGGAAGAAAUCGCGACUCGCAGCGGCGUGCUCGCGCUGCGGGAGGUGCCGCUGCCGCUGCCGCCCCUGCCCAUAGUCCAGCCGCAGCGCCCAGCGUCGGGCACCGCCUCGACGGGCACAAUCGGGGACCUGGACAGCUGCAGCCUCGCGAGCUUUGACAGCCACAUCGGCGUGUACAGCAUUGACGGCUCGCGGGCGUGGCUGGCAGCGGCGGACAGCAACUGCAGCACGCCCUACACGGCUUGCACUGCCGAGACCCCAUCCAGCUCGCUGACGCACUGCGGAUUCGACGCGUGCUAUGCCGGCGAGCAGCCGUGCCCUGCUUACCUGGCUGCCGGUCAUGGCGCCGUGCCGCCGGUGCCGCCCGGCUUCGAGAGGCUGAUGCCGAUGGCUGGCGCUGCCGCCGCUGCACUGUACGAGGACGCCAGCGAUGACGACCUGCUGCCCAUGCCUCUGCGCACUGCCGUUCUACCGUCCGUCGCAGCGGCCGCCAAUCCCGCAACUGGCGCUGGCCUACAGGCCUCCCGGCAAGCUCAGCAGGCCGCGGGGGUUCAGUUCUAUUACCAGGCUGGUAGCGGCUACCACCGGAUGGGCGCAGCGGCGGCGGCGGCCAGCGACUGCCAGGCCGCCGAAGCGCCGCACCACGGCGAGCAUCAAUCAACUGCGAUGCAGCUGCAGCAGCUCCAACGCGCACGCCAGCUGCAGCAGCAGGGCCUGCUGCGCGCCGUGUCGCUGCCAUUGCCGCCAGCCCUGGCACCCAUGCCCCUAAUGUUUGGCCCGUCGCGCGGCACCGCGAUUACGGCGGCCAUCCGACGAGGCCUGGGCGCUGCCUUUGAGCGGCAGCCGGAGCUGUUCCGUCAGCUGUACGGUUUCGAGCUGCAUUGGUGGGCUGGCAUCCGCGGCCGGCCCGUUGGCGAGGACGACCUGCUACGCGUGAUGGCAUUCAAGGACUACGCGGUGGUGCUGGUGCGCACCGACCCCUACGCCGCGCCCGCACUGGCGCCGCCGCCACCCACGCUCAAUGCCAAGCGCCCCACCUCCGCGGUGGCGGCUCAGCGGCAGCUGAUGCAACAGCGGCGUCGCCGGCGCCUGGCGUUGAACGCGCCCAUGAGCGCUCUGCUGGGCCAGCGCGUGCACGGCAACGCCGUCGUGAUCCGUCUGUGGGUGGACUUCGCCUCCAACCACGCCGCGAACGCCUCCUCCCUGUCCUCCGUCUCCUCUGGGUCAUCCUGCUGGGUUCCGCCUGAGGACCGCAUCCUGCUGGCGCCUGUCAGCGUCACCUCGCUGCGGAACGAGUUGCUCAACGCCGAGACGGUGGCGUGGCACCUGCAGCAGAGCGACGCCAUGAUGUCGGAGAUGCGGCUGGGCCCGGAGCGGCAGGCCGGUUGGCUGCUGCGGCUGCCGCGCACGCCGCUGGACAUGCGCGGUGACCCCGACACUAUCGCCGCGCUACGGCUAGCAACUGAGGCGGCCGGCCUGCCGCCCAUGGCCCCCGGCAAGGCGGCAGCUAUGCUAGCCGCCGCCGCCGAGGCUGCGUGCAAGGCGGCGGCGGAGGACGAGGAGGGCGGCGCGGGCUCGGAUGCCUUGGGCGCCUCGGCGGUGUCGGUGCCGGGCGUGCCGCAGGAGCUGGCGCCACUGCUGCGGUGCGUGCGCUGCACGAGCCCUUGGUGCCACCCCGGCCGACGCGGCGCGGCGCUGCUGUGCCCCUUCGGCCACAUGUGGAGGCACCUGGACCCUGUGGCACCACUGAUGGCCUCCAACCAGGGUGCCUACGAGCCGUCGCCAACCGUUGCCGCUUCUAUGGCACCCCCGGUGCUCAACGCCGCGCGCCCGGCCGCGCUGCAGGCGGCAGCCGCGGCACCGCCUUAUCCCGGCACCUCGGCUGCGGCUGGCAGCGCGACUGGCGGCCCUGUGCAGGUUGCAGCCCCCGCGGCCGCUGGCGGCGCGGGUUUGCAGGCGCUGCUGCAGCCAGUAAGCGCGCUGGUGGCGGAGCCGUGCGAGUCGCUGGUGUCGUACCUUUCGGACCCGGACACAUGGUGUGGGCCCCUAACGGACCUGGUGGCGGCGGCGGUGGAGGGUGGCAUGGACGGUGCUGCGCUGGCGGCGGCGGUGGCCACCAGUGGAUCUGCAGCAGAGCAUUCAACGGCUGGGAGCCUGGCGUGCAACUCGAACACCGCUGCACAAGCGGAGGUCGACGAUCAUGAUCAGCCGGGCGAGGCGGGUGCUGCCAAGCCGCAGGAGGAUGAGCGGGAGGCCAUGUAUGCGGCCGCGACUGCAGCGGUGCGGCCUGAGGGCUGGCCGUUCUACCUCGGCUUCUGCGCACAGGGCCCCCAGUGCACCCGCUGCCACAGCGGCCACGAGCUGCGGCUGGCGACGGUGGUGCAGCAGCUCAAGUCUGCGGUGCUCAAGAAGAAGCCCGCCGGGCCAACCAACCGGGCCCGGAACGUGGGCCAACUAGCACCUAGCAAGCGCGCCGCUGCCGUGGCUGCAGCCGUUGCGGCCGCUGCGGCUGCGGGCAAGGGCAUCGCAACCCGCAGCGGCUUCGCGGCUUUAGAGGUGGAGGAGGCGCCUGCUCGCGACACGGAUAGCGACAUGUCGGACUGGGAGGGCGAGCCGGAGCGGGAGCAGCCGAUCGAGCCCGCGCCUGCCGCGGACGCAGAGGACGAGCCUGCGGCGGCGUCCAGAGCCGCUGCCACCGCAGCCACCAGCUACGUGCGGGCCGUUACGGCCGCAGUGGCGGCGGUUGAGGUGGCCGCAGCUUCCCGCACUGCGCGCCUGAGCGCUGUGGCUACUGCUGCGGAGGCUGCCGCUGCGACCGCUGCGGCGGUCACUGCAGCUGCUCCUCCCGCUCGUGCCCCUGCUGAGGUCUUGGCCACGGCAUCGACAGCGCCUGCCUCUACCUGGAGCAUCGUGUCUGCGUGGUACGAGGCGGCUACCGCGGCGGCGGCAGUGGCGCCCUCAGACCUGCCCGCCGCGCCGGCGUUUGCCGAACACUCGGGCCCUGCCUUGGAGCAGCUGCCAGCUGUUCCCGCGGGUGCUUCUACUCGUGCUGCUCCUGUGGUGGACGAGGCCCUUGCGGCAGUACCGGUGCAAUCCGAGGCGUCUGCAAAGCGGCUGAAUGCGUCGGCUGCGCCGUGGCCUGCUGCGCUCUCCACAUGCAACUCGCAAGGCUCCAGCGUCGCGGCCUCUGUCGAGGCGGCCAGCUGCCCUCAGUCAUCCAUUGUCAAUAGGUCGCUUAACCCGGCGGCGCAGCCCUGGCGUGCGACGGCAGCAGCCGAUGGCGUGGAGCGCUCACUGGGGUCUAGUGGAUCGAUGGAUUCCACAACUAGCCCAUCCAGCUCCACCUCAGAGUCGGCGCCGAAAUCGCUCAACCCGGCGGCGUUGCCGUGGCGGGCGGCUGUCUCAUCGCCACAGGCUGCGGCCCCUGCUACUGCAGAGCCGGCCACCGCUCCCAAGCUGACAUCCGCUGGCAUUAACGAGGAGGAGGACCAGGCUGCCUCGACUGGAGUGCCAGCGCCGAGCUUGGAGGAAGCAACUAGCGCGCCGGCUGAGGAGCAGGCGGCGGCGGCGACGGCUGAGGAUGAGGCGCAGGAUGAGGCGCAGAAGGAGGCGCAGGAGGAGGCGCAGGAGGAGACGCAGGAGGAGGAGCACGCAGCCGCAAAAGCUGCUUGCACGGAGCCUGAGCAGCCGGAGGCGUCUCGCACCUCCGCGAAGCCCGCCGCGGAGCCUGCACACCAGGUCCCGGCUUCUACCGCUUCUGCCAGCGCCCCUGAUCCAGCGGCUCUGCCUUCCGCACGCUUAUCAGAGCCUUUGCCUCCGGCAAUGCCUGCCCCAGCGCCUGCGCCGGGCAUCCGGUCGUGGGCGGCCAUCGCUGCCAAGCCGCCGCCGGAGCCUGAGCUUGACGACGAGGAGUGGUACGGGGAGGACCAAGAGCAGGAGGAGGAGGCGCCACAGCCAGCAGCGGCGGUGCCUAUCUCUUUCUGCGGGCAAUGGGCGGUGAUGCGCAUGCCGGGGCGCGGCCUGAAGAAGGCUGCGCCUGCUGCGGCAGCGCCCACGCCAAAGCCCGCCGCAGACCCAGUCGUGGAGCAGCCGGAGGUGUCCAAGGAGGACGACGCGGGGGAGAGCGUCCUCGCGCCGGCGGUGCAGGACGCCGCGGAGGUGUGCCACGUGCCGCCAGCACCCUCCACGCCGCCAGCCGCCACCGGCAGCUCGGGCGUGGACGCCGAGAUGUCGGGCUCUGAGUCACGCGCGUCGGCGUCAGCUGGCGGGGUCGUGGCCGAGGUGGGCGACAGCGACGCCUUCGAGGCUGUUGUCGCCGCUGCGGUGGCAGCCGGCAAGUUCAACUGGGCGGACGAGGCCGAACAAGAGGAGCAGGAGCUGGCCGCGGCGGCAGAGGCGGAGGCCGAGGAGAAGGUAUGCAGGGUUGAGCAGCAGCGGCGCGAGCUGGAAGCCGAGGUGGCAGUUGGCUGGCAGCAGGCGGAGUCACCGAAACGCUGGAGGAAGGAAGAGCGUCAAGAGGAGGCUGUCAACGUGGUUGCUCGGCAGGAGUUGCGGCCAGAGAUUCGGGCUCCACCGCCUGCAAUCCCGCCGCCGCCGCCCCACCAGCGCCCGAAGCCCGCAGCCACGGCGAUCACCUACACCAGCACAACUUCUUCCACGGCCGCCGCGCAGCGCACCGGUGACAUGCCGUGUGUGUCCUUCGCGGCCGCCCUGGCAGCCGCCGCCGCAGCCCAGCGGGCCCGCGACGGCUUGCCUGCGGAGAGUGAUGGCGAGAUCGAAGAGCUGGAUGAGGACGAGGAUGCUUCAGAUGAGCUGGACUCGGACGAGGAGCGUCUGCGGCAGGAGGAGGAGGAGCGGCGGCGGGUGCAGCAGCAGGUGGCGGAGCUGCAGCAGCGCUGGAAGGAGCAGCGGCGUGCACAGCAGGAGGAGGAGCAGAAGAAGGCUGAGGCCAUUCGGCAGCGGCAGGCAGUGGCUCACAGCGAGGCUGCAGCUUCAGCUAGCUCCCAGGUGUCCAGCACGCAGGAGACAGAGCCCACGAGCAAGGCCGCUACCUGCAACGCUCUGUCUAACGGCUUUGAGCCGGCACCCGCACCCGGCACCACUAUCAGCACCACCAUCGCUACCAGCACCCGCGCCGAUGCCGAGAACGCCCCUGCUGCACAACCGCAUACGCAGCAGCAGCGCGGCGAGGCAGUGGCGGCUGAGCCGAUGUAUGAGGCGCCGCGCUACCACGCCCCGCCGCAGUACACCCAGCCCACGCAGCAGCAGCCGCACUUCUACCAGCAACAGGCCAUCGGCUACAUGGCGAUGCCGGGCGGCGGCGGCUACGUCGCCCUCAUGGCGCCCACGUCAUUGGCACCCAUGCAGGUGCCGCAGAUGCCCAUUGCGGUGCCGCUGGGCGGAGGCGGCGGAGGCUCAGCCGGUGGCAGCGGGGACGGCGCGGGUGGCCUGGGUCAGGCUGGCGUGCAGGGGCCUCCGUCGUGGCAGCUACCGCCGCAGGCCGGCUGGCCGGCGGGGUCGCAGGUGACUUGGGUGCCCGUCAUCCAGCCGCCGCCCCAGCAGGGCGUUUUCGGCGCGCUGCCCGCCAUGCCCGGCGCCGGCACGUACGGGUUCAUGCCGUCGGUGUACGGCGCCACACCACCCAUGCAGCCCACUUACCAGGCCCCCGCAUACCAUUCCGGGUAUCAGCCUAGCUACGUGCAAGCCCAGCAGCCGACGCAGGCGCAGCCCUACAUGCCGCACCACGUGGCGCAGCAGACCCAGCCCAAGGCCCAGCUGCCCUACUUCAUGCAACCGCGCACCGACGCACGGUCCGGCCGGCUGAAAGAUAAGCUGGCAGCUGCGGCGGCUGGUACCACAAUGGCUGCGACAUACGUCCAGCCUGCACCGGCGGCGGGCGCGGAGGACGAGGGCGAUGUCGACGACCUGCUCCACCUACUAGUCCCAGAGUCCCGCUGAAGGGGAACAAUAGCAACCAGCGUAGAUUCUAGCAAAGAUUUCAGGAUAUGCCAAGUAUUAACUUGCACGAGCGACGGAGCAGGUAGGCGCUGGAGUAACGCAGGCAUGCGUAGCGCAGGCGUGCCGUGUAUGGUGUAUAUGGAGGUCGAUGGCCCGCUGCUGCGCGCGCACCUGAGAUCAGGAUUGGGCCUGAUGUGGGAUGUGGUGAGCCGAACUGGCAGAUGGCAUCAGGGUCGUAUCCCUGGGUGACAGUGUUUGGCCGUGUGCGCUCGCGGGCGUCUGUAUACAGCGCAGUGACCACGACUGAUGACGCGGGCGUAUUUCCGUGCGGAGAUGAGAGGCGCCUGGAGGCUGGAGCAGUAUUGCUUGCUCUAGAUGUAGGCGGCCCGGCGAUGGCAACUUUGUCCUCGUCCUGAGUGGUCCUUCACAGCUGACUAUGGGGUAGAUAGAAGCGCGCAGCUGUCGUGUCAGCGCAGUUAGAUAGUGCUGGUGUAUUGUGGAGCGCAGGUGAGAGGUUGAGUGCGAGAGCCGAGUGGAGCUGCUAAUGGUUCAUUGCUCCGCAGCCUGAAUCAGUGCGUUCUGUAGUUGUAGAUAUGUUAACUUGCACAGCGUGGGUGUGCAGGCCCUGGCAAAGCGGCUGAAAGGGAGCCGGUGCCGAGGUCCCCAUAGCGGUCCAGGUGCGUGUUGCGUUACGCGGACUAAGAUAUAUGGUGGCAAGAUGCUUGGAUGCCCCCCACGGAUGCCCCUGGUUGGCCGGACACAGUCCGUGAUGAGGGUGGGCUGUGAUUCCAGCCCAGUCCAAGAGUCGCUCGCGCUCAUCAGGACCCGGGCAAAGGCCGGCCACUGGGUACUAUUUAGUGGGUCUGCAAUGCCAUCAGCAUCGCAGCAGGAUUGCUCCAGGCGGAGGAUUCCUCAUUCCUCACCUGGAGUGCUCAGCUGGACUGCUGAGGGCACGGGGCAGGCGGGCACACCAGGAUUGUACUGGUGGUCUCACACUCUCAUCCAGGGCAACGGGGUUGCGCCAGUGCAUAAAAAUUUAGUGUAUUGUAUGUUCUGGUGCAGCGCCGACUAAUUGUCAACUAACUCGUGUACGGCACCCCAGCCCGCCUCAGGCGUACAGGGGGAGUCGGCAGCUGCGCGAGUGUGAGCAGGUAGUUGUAUGGCGGCCCGGCUCGGAAGCUACGGGGCUGGGGUGACGCACACGGACCGUUGGCAAAUGUCGGCAGGCGCGCGAGUGGGAGCGGGUAGUUGAGCGUGCACGCGUGUGGGAAGCUGCGACAGAGUACGGUGGAGCAUGACGGAGGCUGGCGGUCGGCGCGGCGCACGAGUGGGAGUGCACAGUCGUGUGCACGCCGUGUGGGAAGCUGCGUGUGAGCUGCGUGCAAGUACAGCGAGAUCAAUGGGGCUUACCCUGUUUCUAAUUUCUAUGAGCUGCCUCUGAGCGCACACGGUUUUACACGGUUGACACUGGGACCCCGCGGGGCGGUGCCGCCCCGCGUCGCUUCGGUUCGGGCACUGGCUGGGAGCCUGGGAAGCUAUGUGUGAGCUGCGUGUAAGAUCAGAGAGAU